AUGAGUCCGGCUUCAGACAAAGGAAGCGUUGGCGGCUAUUCAGAGCCUAAACAUGUUGAGCAGGCUUCUCAAAGCGGCGAUGCUGCUGAUCUCACAGCUUUGGGCUACAAGCCUGAGCUCCAAAGGAAUCGUUCCAUGUUCACUCUGCUCUUUCAAUCGCUAGCAAUUGCUGCCAUUCCGUACGGUUUCGGCGCACCUCUUAUCAAUUCCGUUUAUGGCGGUGGUCAACUCUCCAUGUUUCUCGGUUGGAUCAUUGUUUGUAUCCUCGACGAAUGCAUCGCUAUAUCUCUCGGCGAACUCGCUGCCCGAUGGCCCACGUCCGCCGGCCCUUACUACUGGUCCUUCCAAAUCGCCUCACCACAAUACCGAACAGUUCUCUCAUUUAUAACCGGCUGGACAUGGCUUGUUGGAAACUGGACUAUUACGCUAUCCGUCAACUUUGGCUUCGCUUCGCUGCUUGCUGGCGGUAUCAGCAUCUUCCUUCCCGACUAUGAAUGGCAGCCAUGGAAGCUUGUGCUCAUCUUUUACGGUCUUUGUGUCUUUACCUGGGUUAUUGUCGCCUUUGGAAACAAAUUUCUUCCAGCAGUUGAUACGUUUUGUGCUGCUUUCACGGGUAUUACCAUAUUUAUUACCUGUGUUUAUCUAUCAAAGGAGGCAAAGGAUGGGAGGCACUCCCCGGAUUACACACUUGGACACUUUGAUCCAAACUUGUCAGGAUGGGGUAACUUUGGGUUCUGGGUCGGAGCUCUGCCUUCUGCUUAUGCGUUCUCUGCUAUCGGUAUGAUCACAUCUAUGGCUGAGGAAUGCGGCGAUGUUACCGUCAAGCUUCCUAGAGCCAUGGCUCUUUGCGUCCCUGUUGGUUGCAUUGCAGGUCUAUUCUUUGUCAUCCCAAUCUGCGCCACCCUUCCUCCUUUGGAAAUUCUCCUCCAAGCACCACUCGGCCAAGUCUUGCCCGUUAUCUUCUAUCGAGUCACAGGCAGUAAAGCCGGCGCCAUGGCGCUUAUCGUCCUGGUUCUUAUCGUGACACUCUUUUGCUCCAUCUCCAUCACCGUCGCAGCUUCUAGAACAACAUGGGCUUUCGCACGCGACAGAGCCAUUCCUCUUUCCAGAGUUUGGUCCAAGGUUGACAAGCGCCACGGCACACCCAUCAUGGCUCUUACUUUGACCACAGUCGUCGAAAUGCUUCUCGGUCUUAUUUAUCUUGGUUCAAGCUCCGCUUUUAACGCUUUUAUCGCCGUCGGCGUCAUUGGUCUUGCGGCAUCAUACGCAAUCCCUAUUUCUCUCUCCAUGCUUACCCGUCGUGCUGGCGUCAACACGGCUCCUUGGACAUUUGGAAACCGAUUCGGAUGGAUCAUCAACAUUAUAGCUCUAGCAUGGAUUUGCUUUGAGAUGGUUUUGUUUACCCUUCCUGUUGCUAUCCCUGUCAACGCAGUCACUAUGAACUAUGCCGUUGUGGUCUUUUUCGGUUUCAUGGCCAUCUCGGCGGUUUGGUACGUGGUACAUGCUAGACACGUGUACAAGGGACCUCCUGAGUCUGAUGGGCUGAGUAAAUAA